AUGUCGUGUUUCCGCCGCCAUCCCCCGUGGACGCCGCCGGCCGCCGCGAGCUCCCACCGGCCCCAGCCCGCGCCACCAGCGGCCUGCCAGCCGCCUCUGGAGGCGCCAGCAGCCCUUUGCCGCCGUCCCGAGUGUGUGGGCUCGGUGGGUCGAAGCCGGAACCACCACAGGGACCCCGGCGUCCGCCGAUGCCGCCGAGGCCGCCUCGUGCCGCUGUCACCCCCAGCCGCCACUGCCACGGCNGCCGUUUCCCGACGGCCGCGGAGGUCUCCGCCGACCGUCCGGCGACCACCGCGCCCGACCCCGGCCACUAUCGAGCGCCGCCGGCCGCCGCAGGAGCCCUCUGCCGCCGCCUUUGUGCUGUACGGGCCGAACGCGGGCCGCCUUCACUCCCGGGCAUCGCCGCCACCCACCGACGCAAGCUCGGCCACCGCCUCGACCGCCGGCAUCGUCCCCGACCGGCCCCGACCAGCCCCGGCCGCCGCGUCGCCGCCGGCAACUGUUGGAAAGCACCAAACCGCAAGGGAGUUGGCGGCUCCGUACGCCGUCGCCGCACCUCCGGCCGCCCUGCGCCGCCUGACGUGGAGUGCCUCGGAGCCCCACCACCUGCUGCACCCCUCCCCGGCCGGACCGCCUGCCGGAAUACCGCCGGCGGCCAACCCUAGUUCCCCCCUCACU